UUUGGCGAUGCGAAUCUCAGAGCAUUCCUUGCAAUAGGCGCCUGUCAGCAUGGCAGGAAAGAUGAGAUUGAGGAGGGUGAGGGCGAGUCAGCAAACCUACUUAAUUCCGUUGAUUACGGCGAAUGUUUCCUUGACUGUCCCUGUGUCUCUGACGCCAGCCAUCGUCCCGUUGUGUGGCUGAUACACCAUGAGCGUGAGUCGCCCAGGAGAUCCGAGUUUCCGCAUGGUUUGCCAGAGUCCAUUGCGAUGAAUCCUAUCGAAGACACUCCUCGGGUCGACGAAGAAUUUGCUAAAAGAUUUCCCCUCUAUAAUAUUCCCCAUUUAAUCGUUGACCUUGUCGUACAAUUUGAAAUUCAGAGAGCCCUAUAA